GUGAAUCUCUUGUCGCUGUGUAACAAGACAGCAAAACUGAAGACUUUAUAACGCGCUGGUUUUAUUUCCUUAAGACAUAUUUUAUCACAGAUAUUGUGGCAUCCAUUUUUAAAUGUUCAAAUAUCGUUGUAGCUGCACGUAAUAUACAUUUGAUUUACACACAAGUCCAUUGAGUACUGAAUGAAUGAUGGACCCCAGUGGACUUAUGUCCAGUAACGCUUGUCUGAAAUGGGUUCAUGGAUUCAGUGAAACGUCGCCGACGUGUUUACCCAGUAAACGUAAACGAAAUGAUGCCAGUACACUAAAUGGCAAUGAAGGAGACGCUGCUAAUGGUUUUCCCUCCAAAGAAAACUUGAGGAAACGUGGUUUUGUCUUGAUUGAUGGCCAGAGAGGUGUGUAUCAGUCGGAGAGCUGGCAGCCCAACGGCAGCACUCUAUACCUGCCUGUGAAUGGCACUUUAUUGGCCAACAUCGAAAAAUAUGAUCAGAUCAGCUUCGAGCAGGGCUGCUUCUGCAUCGGCAAUGCAGCAGGCGGAUUUCAACAGAAAGUCCAGGGUCAAACCAUCCACUGCUGGCGAUAUAGUGAGCGUGAGCGAAAGCUUUUCAUUGCACUGUCGUACCUGUUUACAAACUUAGAAGUGUUUCAGGAAGUUGUCAGCACUCUUGAUUGUCUCUGACGAUACAGAGUUGCCUAAAAAGCUCAAACCUAUCUUGUUGCUGUUUAGUACAGCCUGUAUAUUGAAUACUGUAUUACAUAUCAUGACAUACAGUAUGUGCCUUUUCAACACAUCAGUGCUGUUACAGACUGACAUGUUCUGUGGACAAUGAAAGAUAUCUGCCAUGAUAUUAUAAAGUGUAGUUAGUUAAUCCACAGUGUUAUAUUUCUUUAAUGAGGCUACUGAUUUGUUUUGCCUCUCAGCCUCAGUUAUCCAACACU